ACGGGAGCGCAACUAUCACUCCUGCAUCACUACACCAUCACUCUCAUCAGCAUCUCUCUGGCGACUUUAACGCCUCUGCGUGACAGUGGCGCGCAGCCAGGGGGAUAAACUUAUAUGGAGUGUCUGCAAAAAACAACAACCCGGUGUCUCUUUUGGGGGGAAUUAACGCACUUUUGCUGACUUUCUCCUCAGUGUGCUUUUGAGAUGGCACGCGGCAAGAUCAUGGCACAUUGGAGCACAUCGCUAUUACGCGAGCUCUGUUUUCUCACCCGGCUCCGGACGGCUGGUACUCUGGCGUGGCAGUAGCCCUAUACCUCACCCCUGCCUCCGAGUGACUGUUCACGAGCUCCGGGAACUGGCUCUAAAGGAUUGUUUAUUGGAAGAAUCAGUGGAGUUGAAGCAGAAAGUGGGAAAGCGCUACUGUCACCUGGAUCCUUUACAAUUCCACAUGAUCAAGCCAUCGAGUUUAUAGAUCUGGGGGCUUCUUCUGUUUGAGCUGAGGAAGAGGAGAGGCAGGAGGAGGAAGAGGAGGAAGAGGGCUGAUGUGUGACUGAAUGCUACAAUGGCCUGUAGAUCCUGUCCAUAGAGGAGCUACUUAGUGGAAGAGAGAUAACCAACAGGAUGAAAGUGUGGAGGAGGUCAGCUUGGCCUGUGCAGGUGGCCUUCCUCGUUGCCUUGGUGAUGCUCUGCGUUGACCCAGUGUCCGCCGGCAGCCGUAACCAUCGGGGACAGACAGUCUCAUACCAGGUGAAGCAGGGGACGUGUGAGGUGGUGGCCCUCCAUCGCUGCUGUAAUAAGAAUAAGAUUGAGGAGCGCUCUCAAACCGUCAAGUGUUCCUGUUUCCCCGGACAGGUCGCCGGCACCACCAGAGCCAGACCCUCCUGUGUGGAAGCCUCCAUUGUGGCCCAGAAGUGGUGGUGCCAGAUGCAUCCCUGUAUGGACGGAGAGGAGUGUAAAGUCCUGCCUGACCUGACUGGCUGGUCCUGCAGCACCGGCAACAAAGUCAAAACCACCAAGCCGAUCAGCUACGAGAAAAAAAAGGAGCCGAUGGCGGACUACGUCGGUGGACAAUAAUUGUGAAUUUGCAAGGUCACACGAUAGCAAGAGAGCCGCAGAGCCACGAGGAAACCUGAAACUCUCCAUGUGGAAAGGAUGGAUGACUCACACACAUUUACUGUACGAUGGGGAACAUAUCAAGGAAAGGGCAACCGUCAGACCAUCCAUCACAUAACAAUGGGAUAAAAUGUACUCAUCACAAACAAUGUACACAUGGAGCCACACACAGCAGUAUGCUGCUUGUCGAGACCAAUGGACUACAAUCAUGGACACCCAGGGUAAAUCUGGACACAAAUGGACUCUUAUUUUCCAGUAAUGGACAAAAUGUGGACUGAUAAAAAAAGGGCGAUAAAGCUUUUCAAAGUAUAUAUUUCAACAAAGCAUUUAUGGAUGAGUGAGACAUGAGAAGUGAAAGCUGUGCUCUGAGUGCUGCUGGAUACGCUCCAGACGUGUUGCUAAUGUCUUUUACUGGAGACAGUGGAGAUGAUUUGGGAGAAAUUAGAGAGAGAGCAGCUCAUAACUAGUAAAUAGCAAAUUAGCAUCAAAUUGCUCUUGUGGGUCAAGUGACUACCAUAAAGACUGUUUUGCGGGAGUCAUUUUGCAGUUCUAAUUAGGAAUUGCAGUGUAGGAUCAUAACAACAUAUUACAAAUUCAUGUAAGAUAUUUGCACUAGUUGAAAACCAUUUGGGAAUGUUUUGUUUUUCUAGAUAUCUCCCAUCUUUUGCUGUGGAUGUCACAUGAAAUUGAAGGUGAGCAUUUUGUAAAAUGUCUGACAGUUGAAGUAGAUAAAUAUAAAGUAUAUAUCUUG